AUGUCGCCGGACGGAGAACUUGUUCCGGCGGAUCCAACUGCGGUGAAGAGGAAGACACCUCAGUCUUCGCGGAGUUGGAUUUCUAUAGACGCGACGGGGCAGAAAACGGUGCUUGACGCAGACAAACACGAGAUUUUGCACCGUGUCCAGAUCCACGCCCGGGAUCUCCGGAUACUCGACCCGAAACUUUUUUACCCGUCCGCUAUUCUGGGUCGAGAGAGAGCCAUUGUUCUUAACUUGGAGCAUAUCAAGGCGAUUAUCACAUCCGAAGAGGUUUUGGUUCGGGAUUCGUCAGAUGAACAUGUUAUUCCUGUCCUUGAGGAGCUUCAGAGACGUUUGCUUGUUGGGAACGAGGAACACCAUGGUCAAGGAGAUGCUGAAGUGGGCGAAGACGAUGAAUCCCCGUUUGAGUUCCGGGCGCUAGAGGUGGUUCUGGAAGCUAUUUGUAGCUUUCUAGCUGCAAGGACAUCAGAGCUUGAGACAUCUGCUUAUCCUGCUUUAGAUGAACUUACCUUGAAGAUUAGUAGCCGUAACUUGGAAAGGGUUCGUAAACUGAAGAGUGCCAUGACCCGAUUGACAGCUCGGGUCCAAAAGGUAAGGGAUGAGCUGGAGCAAUUGUUGGAUGAUGAUGAUGAUAUGGCUGAGCUCUACCUUUCAAGGAAACUUGCUGGUUUAUCUUCAUCGAUUAGCGUUUCUGAUGAACCCCUUUGGUAUCCUACGUCCCCAACACUAGGUUCUAUGAUUUCCAGAGCUAGUAGAUUGAGUUUAGCCACGGUUCGUGGGGACGAGGAUGAAAAUGAUGUCGAAGAGCUUGAAAUGUUGCUCGAGGCAUACUUCAUGCAAAUCGAUAGCACUUUGAACAAAUUAAACGCGUUACGUGAGUAUAUUGAUGAUACAGAGGACUACAUUAACAUCCAGCUAGACAAUCAUAGAAAUCAACUUAUUCAGUUGGAGCUUAUGUUAAGCUCAGGAACCGUCUGUGUAUCAAUGUACUCUAUGGUCGCCGGAAUAUUCGGCAUGAACAUUCCCUACAAAUGGAACGACGACCAUGGAUACAUUUUCAAAUGGCCAAUAGAUCUCUCUUCGCUCUUCACUGUUCUUUGUUUCUCUUUCGAAUCUCUGUCUGGAGCUCAAGGCGGUUUCUUCUCUCUCAGAUCUUUCAGAUUAUUUGGAAACUUAUUGCCGGAAGCUCAUUUUUAUCUCAGAAUGGAUAGUAACAGAGAUGAUGAUUUCACAUUCUCAAGGGUUGCGCCAUCGGAUAGUGAAGUUGUCGCCGAGGCAAAAGAACUUGCAUCACAUGUAGACGGUAUUGUCCUCAAAGAUGGAUCAGAUCAUCAAAGCAAUGGUGUUUUGCAGAAAGACAAGCCUCUUAGUAAAGUUCCUCCAAAGGAAGAGAAAGUAGGCUCUUUAACUUUCACGGUGACUGAUUCGUCUUCUUCAAAGCAGUCCAAAGAAUCAUCCGAGACUCUCAAAACCAGGAAGCCUAUAACUCGUACCAAAGUCCCAUUUGAAAAGGGUUAUAGCCAAAUGGAUUGGUUGAAACUUACACGAACACAUCCCGAUCUUGCAGGCCUGAAGGGAGAAUCAAACAGGAGGCUUAUUACGAUGGAUGAAGUGAAACAGCACAAAUCAGGAGACUCGAUGUGGACUGUUUUGAAAGGUCGUGUGUACAACAUUUCCCCGUAUAUGAAUUUCCAUCCUGGAGGUGUCGACAUGCUGAUGAAAGCUGUUGGGAGAGACGGUACGUUGUUGUUCAACAAAUACCAUGCUUGGGUCAAUUUUGAUAUCUUACUUGAGAAAUGUCUUGUUGGAGUUUUGGACGAUACCAAAGUGAAGAAGCAAGAAUCGUAA